GAGACAAACUGGCGUGGACCAAAGGGCAUUGAUUCUAGAGUCCGAAGGAAGUUCAAGGGAUAUACUCUGAUGCCUAACAUUGGCUAUGGUUCGGACAAGAAGACUCAUCUUUAUCUUCCAAAUGGCUUCAAGAAAUUUGUUGUCCACAAUGUCAAAGAAUUUGAACUGUUGAUGAUGCAUAACAGGACUUAUUGUGCUGAUAUUGCACAUGAUGUGUCGACAAGAAAGAGGAAAGAGAUUGUGGAGCGAGCUGCCCAGCUAGAUGUUGUUUUCACGAAUAAGCUAGCUAGGUUGCGAAGCCAGGAGGACAAAUGAGCUUAACAUAGAUUGGGAGUGAGAACAUCUAGUUUGCUUACUAGUUUUUGAUAUUUAUUAUUUUUUUUGCAAUCAAUUUAACUUGGGUGAUUAAUAUCCUUACGAUGAAACUUGUUAUUUAUGAAGUGCCAUAGAACCUCUUCUCACCAGCCUGCUUUGGUUUGUCCUGGAUUCCAUGAUUAAUCUUCAUUCAAGUUUCAUGUUUGUAAUAAGUAAAAGCAGACCUUCAGUUAUUAUGACCCAAAACACUAUCGAAUGGUACCUGCUGGAUGAGUCUUGUGACUAAUCAGAACGUAAAUUGUUCAAUGGGAAUCAACUUCAAACUUCAUAGAGCUACUCAACUGUUCGAGCAGAAUUCUCAAGGCUCUCAAAACUGUUAUUCUUGAUUGCCUGGAGAAACACAGUUUUGUUUCAGGUUAUUUGCCUUGUGUGACAAUACAAGUAUCAUAAGCAAGUAAUUAUAAGUU